AUGGUGGCACGGCGCGUCGCGAACUUGGCCAACUUGGGCCUUGCGACUUUUGCGGCGGGAGCAGGUGUGACAGCCCAAUGUGAGCCCAGACGGCCCUUGUCAGCAGCGGAGGCGCGGCGCGUGGUCGAACUCUUCGAUCGCAUGAUGCUGGACGAGGAGUAUGGUGACAUUCAUCUCUAUGAUCUCAGAGAAGAUGAAGAACACUUCGUGGAGGCUCUCGGUGGUGAUGCCACCUAUGGGGAGCUGAGUUUUGAUUUGCUGGAGUGGUUCCUGGCCCAGACCGAAGUCCAGCCAGAGGACGUUCUUUGUGAUUUGGGCAGCGGCAGCGGCAGAGCCUUGAUCUAUUUAGCGCUCCGUACGGGCCUGCCGGCAGUGGGCGUGGAGCUGUCGCCUACACGACAUCAGCAUGCCGAGAUCCUUCGGACUUUGGCUCAGCCGUUCUUGCGAGAAGAGGUGGAGUUGGUGCAGGGCGAUCUACAAGAGAUGCACCCGUUCGGAAAGCAUGCCAGUGUGGUCCUCUUCGCCAACAAGUUGUUCUCAGAGGAGUUCAGCGCCAGCGCCCUGCGAGUUUUACCGCGAAUUCGGGCGUUGCUGACCCUGAAGCCCUUGCCCGGCGAGCUGCCGACCAAGACUGCAGAGCUGCCCACCAGCUGGAGCUUCAAACAGCCUGUGUGGCUGUACCUCCGCGACGCGGAAUAG